AUGGCUGACGUUCCCCCGCCAACCCCAUCCGAACUUCUGAGGAUGGUGACUGAACUCCAACAAGCAAAUCAGCGAAUGGCAGAAGAAAACCAGAGAAUGCAAAACCAAAUCGCACAAUUAGAACAAGCUCGCCUAGAGCAUCAAAAUCACGAUCAUGAAAACAACGAACGAACUCAUGUCUCAGAGACACCGCAGAGCAACAAUGAAGGAAAUCCGCGCCAUAAUGAAACCCAACCCGAUAACGAAGAAGAACAACCCGACAACUCGGCAGGGCCAUUCACAGCAGAUAUAAUGAACUUCCAACUCCCCCGACAAUUCACUCUGCCGACGACUUUAACCCCAUACGACGGGUUAGGUGACCCAAAACAGCACGUCAAGAAGUUCCGAUCUAUCAUGAUCGUUAACGGUGCAUCUGACCCAAUUCUUUGUCGAUGUUUUCCAUCUUUUUUAGACGGUCCUGCACUUGACUGGUUCUGUUCUUUGCCUGCAGAUUCGAUAUCUCGUUUUCAGGAGCUGGCCGCCCAAUUUGAGGAUCAUUUUGCAGCAUCCGCAAUAUAUCUCCACGAUUCUGAUUACUUGACGACCAUAAAACAGGGAGCACAAGAAAGUCUGAAGGACUAUAUCACCCGCUUUACAAAGGUCGCCAUGAGAAUUCCCGACCUCCAUCCAGAAGUUCAUUUGCACGCCAUAAAAAGCGGCCUUCGCCCUGGCAAAUUCCAGGAAACUAUUGCAGUAACCAAGCCAAAAACCUUAGCCGAAUUUCGUGAAAAGGCCAAGGGUCAGAUCGACGUUGAGGAACUCAGACAAGCAAGGAAAACGGAAAGAUCGGCAACGAAUAAGGACGACGAUAAACCUCGGGACAGCAGAAAAGCAUUUAAGCCAGUUCCACGAUAUGACUCAUACACCAAAUUCAAUACAAAAAGGGAUGAUAUCAUAAAGGAGAUAUUAAACUCCAAACUAAUCAAGCCUCCUCGCAAAGCUGGAAAUUACCCCGAGUCAAAGGGCGUCGACAGAUCAAAGUAUUGCACCUUUCACCAGAAACACGGACACACCACCGACGAAUGUGUCAUCGCCAAAGAUCUCCUCGAACGGCUAGCAAGACAAGGACAUCUCGAUAAAUUUAUUGCAGGGCAGAUGCAGAAAAAUACUAGCCCCACACCAGACGCAUCAGCAGCUGGCACCUCCUCAAAAGGAAAGGACAAAGCACCGGCACAACCUAGAGGGGUAAUAAACUGUAUCUCAGGAGGCUAUGCUGGAGGAGGACACACAACCUCAGCCAGAAAAGCGUACUUACAGGGCUAUGCUAGCAAUUACGGAUGCCCCAAGCCAUCCUCGGCCGCCGACGAACAUUUCAGAAGUAACCUUCAGACCAACCGACUUCAACGGUGCCGAUGCCAACCUAGACGACCCUGUUGUCAUUUCAAUUCAGCUGGGAGACCUGAUAGUGAGGAAAGUUUUACUCGACCCAGGAAGCAGUGCAGAUGUUCUAUUUUUCACCACCUUUGA